GAUCUGGUACCUUAAAAAAGCCCAACCCCAUACUGUUCUGGGUGCUCACAGAGCCAAGGCGCUGACUCGUGCAGGGCGGUGGCAGCAGCAGCAUCUCACACCCCCUCAUACCCCCUGGGCACCAGCGUCUGGCCAUGGACUCGGUGACCGUUUACCACGGGAAGAUCAGCCGCGAGACUGGGGAGAAGUUGCUGCUUGCCACGGGCCUGGACGGCAGCUACUUGCUUCGGGACAGUGAGAGCGUGCCUGGGGUCUACUGCCUCUGCGUGCUGUAUCAAGGUUACAUUUAUACCUACCGAGUGUACCAGUCAGAAACGGGUUCUUGGAGUGCUGAGACGGCACCUGGGGUACAAAAAAGAUUAUUCCGGAAAAUAAAAAAUCUCAUUUCAGCAUUUCAGAAGCCAGAUCAAGGCAUUGUAAUACCUUUACAGUAUCCAGUAGAAAAGAAACCUCCACCUAGAAAUGCACAAGGAAGAAGAGAAGACCCUGAUGUCUACAUGAAAGCACCAUGAAAACACAUUUAUUUCAGAAUUUAAAUAGGCCUUUAGGUGUUUUCCUUUGUAUAUAACCCCACAGUUUUGCAUAUUGUAGAUAAAAUUA